GUUCACUCCGUGACCGUAUGUACUAGGAUGAACAGCGAGCGGAUCCAAAUUCUACAUCCAGGAGUACGAGCACUUGAAUUGUUCUGUACUCUGUACGAAUUGGGCUCGUGAACGGUCUCGGAUCUCCAGUGUCGUGGCAUCUCGCACCCUCGAAGAGACGGGCAGGCGGUGUUCGUCGCACUGUACCUGUACGGUAUCCUCACAUCAGUGCAUGAUGAGGACCACUCCGGAGGCGGCGCUGGCGACCUCAGCCACUAUGAAUUGACACUAAUUCUAAAGAUGGUCCUCAAUGGCGUUGGACACAUAACUUUUGGGCAGGCCCUUAGUUGGCACUACUGUCGCUAAUCAACUCGUUGAAGUGUAAAGGUGCCACUGAGUACGGAGUACGGUAAGACUCUCGGUGCUGUGGGACUGACAGCAAAAUUGACCCAAAUCCACCCCCCACCCAGAUGGAGGGCGCCCAAGGCGUGGGCCAUGUGCUCUACUUAUCACAUCAAAACGUGCGCUGCCACGUCUUUGGCAGAGGCGACCUUUGGAGCUACUUUGUUUGCACUCAUUCCAGCUUCUAUCGCAAUCACCUUCGACCAUAGCACCAAUGUCGUCCACAAGCGUCUACACCGGCGUCUGGACUGACUGGAGCCAUGGCCGCGCUACAGGUCUGACCCUUACGCUGACCCAAGAUCACUCCGGGUACCUGCAAUCAUUCCUCGCAAUUCUGGUCACUUUCGCAGGCGCACAGUUAUGGAAAACUGUAGCCUUUGUUCUGCAUGACCUCGGCACGGGAAAGCCCCUCCAGAGGCACGAGUUGACCCAUCAGCAGCAGCAGAUCAUCCUACGUAACUCACACACCGCUGGAAACACCAUAGCAGAUCUGGUUCUCCUGGUAUGGGCGUGGAGAAAGCAGGGCGUCAGGCUGACGAGGCCUUAUGUGUCGAUUGCUCUGGCGUCGCUGAUACUGGCUGGCUUCUCAGUUGCGGGUGUAUUCACGGGCGAAAUCACAAAGAGCGCAAGCAGACGUAUGCUGGCGAGAAGCGGCACCUGCGGUACAUGGCAAGCCACGGGUGAUGCGACGACCUACGCCACAACCGCAAUGUAUGCCCAGAAAAAGGUCAACGACACUUUGAGCGCGGCCAACUACGUAGCAAAUUGCUAUGACAACACGUUGAACUCCUCCUCUCUCCAGUGCAACAGAUUUUCCCGACAAAGCCUACCGUAUACCUUGCAGCAUAACGUUUCCUGCCCUUUUGACGACAGCUUUUGCAUAGAUGGUGCUACGAGUGCGAUCUCAUUUGACACUGGCCUUCUGAAUUCACACGAGGACCUUGGGAUAAAUGCUCCCACGGAGAAUCGCGUCCAGUAUCGACGACGCACAGUCUGUUCGCCCCUCGUCUUUGGGGACAAGUUUUGCCGAGUGGAAAACGACACCCUCUCAGGCUUAGGUGCCGUGGAUGAAUUUAUUCGUUGCUACACGGGUCCGACCGUUUACACCAAUUAUACCUUCGGUGUCGACACGCACACAUACUUCGUCGGUACCUCUGGCUAUCAACUGCAGGCUUAUUACGCCGAAGCCGGGGCCAACCAGACCACAUGGCGACCUAUACCCGAGCUUGCUAGGACGGAUGCAGACGUAACUGUUUUCUACCUCGCGCAGAACAAUGUACUCUACGCGAACCCUGUCGACGAUCCAUUCUUCUCGGCUCAUCAAGCAAGGACCACACCCUUCGGGACGAACCGAGAUGCUCUGACAGAGGUUACAAUGUAUGCUUUUGAUUCCUGGAUCGACGCCAUGGGUUGCAUCGACCAACAUCAAAUCUGCAAUCCGUCGCCACGCAAUGCCUCAAGCCAAGUCUGCACACCUCUGACGGCGCUGUCUGGUGUGGAAGAGGCCAUGAUCGCCAACUCCACGGACGAGGAUAGCUCGCACCUUUCGAUGAAUCCGUACCAACUCAGCACCGCUAUCCGUAUCUUCGAGGCGGUCGACGGAUGGGCCAUCUUCGACGUGGUCAAUGCCGGUGGCGCUGCCGCGCUGAAAGCCAAUGACGUCCUGGUUGGCCUCAGCAGUCCCGGACUGCCCAUUGACCAAUGGGUGACCGAGACAAGCACGUGGUUUGCACAAACUCUCGCGGCCGUCCAAUCUGUCAUUGUUCAGUACGCCACCGGUCCUGGGACGACUCAAGGCGAGGUCGUCUCUCCCACCACCAAGUAUGACGCUGCCGGAUGCAACAAUCAACUUGUCUUUAGCAGCGGCGCCUACCAGAACUUUAGCGUGCUGGGGAUCGCAAUCGUCGUGGCCUUGUCGGGCUUGAUCAUCCUGCUUUCCUUCGUCCUCCGUCCGAUCACCAAUUUGUUGUUGUACAGGGGUAACGCCAGGCGAUGGCACCGUCACCUCUGGUUGAUGGAGGACAAACUGCAGCUACAACGACUGGCCUACCAAGGAGGCGGCGAUCGUCAAGGGUGGGACAAUGUUCAUGGAACCAUCCCCAUCUCUGGAAAACACCAGCUGUUCGAUGACAUGACAGCCGUCGAUGACAGAACCCUCCAUUCACCACCAUCGGUCUAUCCGAUGGAUCCCUUGCCAAGUCGGUUGAGCUAUGACAAGCUCCGACGACCACUGAACAGUACCCAGUCUAUAAAGGAAGGCUCCUAUCUCUUGAGACCGGAAUAGCGAAUAUUUUGUGGGGAUACUUAGAGACAACAUUAGAUAGUAGAAUUAAUCUGUGAGCUCGG